AUGUUUGUGUUUGUGUUGACAGGACCAGACGACGGCAGGAUGCUGCUGCUGCUGCUCUGUCUGCUUCCUCUGGUGAGCGGCAGCACGACGUGGACUCUGAACGCCACGUACAGAGCCGGACAGAACCGCGGGGAGGAAGUUGCCGUGACAACGCGGCCCGACAUCUACUACUGCCGCUCUCCCAACAUGGAGGACUUCACCUGCUGGUGGCGUCCGCUGGACAACCUGACGGACGGAGAGGUCGUCUCCUACGUCCUCACCUACUCCGAAGAUGAAGGUCCCCGACAGGAAUGUCCCGACUACACGAGCGGCGGUAACAACAGCUGCCACUUCGACAGCAGCCACACGUCCAUCUGGAAGGUUUACUGCAUGAACGUGACGGCCGUCACCGCCCGCAGGAACUACACCUCCCCGAAGUACUGCCUGGACGUGGCAGAUAUCGUUCAGACCGAAGCUCCCGUCAACUUGACCUACGUGCUGACCGACCCCGGCGGGGACGAGAUGGGCCACAGCGUGCAGCUGUCCUGGACGUACCCGGUGCCGUCGCACCUUCAGUACGGCUGGAUCACGCUGAUGUACGAGCUUCAGUACAGACACAUCACCGAGCCCGACAACUGGAAGGUCAAACACUCUCUGCGGGAGCCGCACGUGGAGCUGCUCGGCCUCCCCGUCAGCAACUACGUGGUCAGAGUUCGCUGCCGCUCGCAGAACUACGGCCUGUGGAGCGAGUGGAGCUCCACGCUGCUGAUGAGCAUCCCCGACAAACUGCCGGCAGGGAAACUGUUGGUGCUGAUUCUGGUGACGGGCGUCGGUGUGUUGGCUCUGCUGGUCAUCGCUUUUGGCGUCAUUCCACAGAGCAGAAG